UUUGACGUUCCUGAAUGUGCUGUCAAAUGCUGAAGUGCUGAACUGAAAGCAAGCAGAAGACCAACGUGUUUGUUAUGAUGUUUUAAGGUUGCGUGUCAGGUUGGACUCGAUGCAUGACAUUUGCAUGACACCUAACAACAUAGUUCUGGAUGUAUCACUGAGCAAACAUGGCCUACACAGCAAAUGCUAAUGACAGUGCUACAGAAAAAGAGGAAGCUGUUAUAAAUGGAGAAGAUGAGAAAGAACAGAAAGAUCCCUAUUUUGUGGAAACGCCUUACGGCUACCAGCUAGACUUGGAUUUUCUGAAGUACGUGGACGACAUACAAAAGGGGAAUACCAUUAAGAAAUUAAACAUACAGAAGAAGAAGAAAACGAUACCGGCCCCUGCAGGCACCAAGAACCCUGCUGGGCAGUACGGUGGCUGGACCUCCACCGAGUCCCUCUCCUCAUCCAACAGUGAUGAGAACAAGCAGUCGUGCGUGGCCUCAAGGAGUCAAGUAGCCCCAUCCGUCGCAGUACGGCCAUCCAUUUCCUUCGAAGCAUCUUCUUCCUACCUAAAUAUCCCCGAGAGCAAGCAGCUUCCUCCUCCCUCCCCCCAGCUUCCCCGGCACAACCUCCAUGUGACAAAAACACUCAUGGAAACACGGAGGCGUCUAGAGCAGGAGAGAAUGAUGCAGGUCACACCAGGAGAGGUCCGCCGGCCGCGGCUCUCCAGCUUUGGGGGCAUGGGCUCGACGAGCUCGCUCCCCUCGUUCGUGGGGUCCAGUGGGUACAGUCACAUGUCCCAGCAGCUUCAAAAUGGGUAUCAAGGUAAUGGAGACUACGGGGGCUGCUUUGGCUCCUCGCUGGGCGGCUCCAUCCGCCACAGCCCGAUGAGCUCGGGAAUAUCCACGCCGGUGACCAACGUGAGCCCCGUGCAUCUGCAGCACAUCCGUGAGCAAAUGGCGAUUGCCCUGAAGCGUCUCAAGGAGCUUGAAGAGCAAGUCAAGACCAUUCCUGUUCUCCAGGUCAAAAUUUCGGUGUUACAGGAGGAGAAGAGGCACAUGAUGGCGGAGCUCAAAAGCCAGAGGAAACCCAGUCAAAAUGAGGUGUUUGGUUUCAGAAAGCGGUCUUACAGCGCGGGCAAUGCGGAGCAGUGGGAGCACCUGUCUCAGGUCAGGCGAGGGGGGGAGCUGUAUAUUGAUUGCGAGGAGGACGUGGAGAGCAUGGAGCAGAGCUCUCAGAGGAUAGAGGAGUUCAGGCAGCUGACUGCUGAAAUGCAGGCACUGGAGAAAAAAAUCCAGGAUACCAACUAUGAAACUCCAGCAAAUCUUAGGGUGAACAGAGAGAGCCUCACGAAGGAGAGCAGGUCUAUUGCUGUAGGAGCUGAUGAAAACAUGAACGAUGUGGUCAUAUACAACAGGUCUUUGAGGCAAUACAGAGAAGUAGCGGUGGGAACAGAGAAAGAGACGAAGGAGUCUGGGGUUGGGGUAACAGAAGCCAUGCUUGGCUUGUCUACAGAGGUUGAGAAGGAGAUAGAGCUUCAGCAGCAGACCAUAGAAGCUCUUAAGGAGAAGAUCUAUAGACUAGAAGUUCAGUUAAAGGAAACUACGCAUGACAGGGAAAUGACCAAACUGAAGCAGGAGCUGCAGGCAGCAGGAAAUAGGAAAAAGGUGGAUAAAGCCUUGAUGGUUCAGCCGCUUGUCGUCAGCAGAAUGGUGGAGGCUGUGGUGCAAACAAGAGACCAGAUGGUGGGUGACCAUGUGGACGUUGCUGAUUCAUCGGUGGGGAACCAUCUCCAGGUGUGCAGCAUUGGCACCUCCUGCAGGCCCGUUGUGCAGAGUGCUGCCGUGGGCCCCGAGGUGCUCAUGAGUCGGUGGCUCGCGAAGGAGCGAGCCGAAGUGCGAGACCAGUGCACGGGCAUGUCCGUGCAGAUGUCCGACAAGAAGGUGGGUGCCAAGACGCCCGUCCGCGAGGCAGGCGUCAACACAGAGGAGCCCAUGGACGACACGAGCUCCUGCGAGGCACCGUCAGGGCGGUGCGUGGCGCGGCGACGCGGCAGACCAGCGCGGCGGUGGAGAUGCUAUGACAAGCAGACCAACACGGCGAGCGUGGAGACGCGGACCGUGGCGGUGGGAGACGGACGGGUGAAGGACGUGAACGCCUCGGCCAAGACCCGCUCGGUUGGGGUGGGAACAGUGCUUUCCAGUGUUCCAGGCUUUGAAAAGCCCUCUGCAGUAAAGACCAAAGACUGCGGCGUGGGGCAGAUAAGCAUCAACGAGAACUACCUGGUUGGCCUUAAGAUGAGAAGCAUUGCGUGCGGGCCCCCUCCGCUGUCUGCCGUGCCGGCUGGCACCCGGAGCAUUGGGGUUGGGGGUGAGGCAGUUGGUGAAUCUGUGGGCACCCUCUUGGAAAGGCCCCUGCCUCCGCCGGAGCUGAGGAUUGGCCUGGAUCACUACAUCGAGCGCGUGCAGAAGCUACUGCAGGAACAGCAGAUGCUGCUUGCAGAGAACUACAGCGAGUUGGCAGAAGCCUUUGGGGAGCCGCACUCCCAGAUCGGAUCCCUCAACUCGCAGCUUCUCAGCACGCUCACGUCCAUCAACUCCGUCAUGAAGUAUGCCAGCACGGAGGAGCUGCGGAGCCUGGAUCUGCAGAAGCAGGGCAUGGACAGAAGCACCGCGUCAGGUCCUACUCUGGAGUACAUCCCCCACGGACAACUCGCAAACACCCAUCUGGCUUCAAACCUGCAAGCCCUGAAGCUGGAGCAGGACGUGGGGACGGUGCAGGAAGAGAGGAAGGCGCCUCUGGGCGAAGCCGUCCGGGGACGAAAAUCCUUCUCCGCUCAGGACAAAACUCUGGCUCCGAUUAACCUUACAGAUGAUCAGCUGGCUUCUGGCCUCUAUGUAUGUACUAAUAAUGAAAAUACGCUGAAAUCUAUCAUGAAGAAAAGGGAUGGAAAAAAGGAUUUGAAUAAUGCAAAGAAGAACCUACAGUUUGUUGGCAUAAAUGGCGGGUUGGCUAACAAGGAAUCGCCGAGUGCUUUGAGGGGAAAAAGCCGGGGAACGGGCACAUCCGCAGGCUGCUUCAUGGUUGCCUCUCGGCUGCCCGACUGCGAGGCCGAGGAGGUGGAGAUCCGGGAGAGAUACGAGCUCAGCGAAAAGAUGCUGUCCGCCUGUCACCUGCUCAGAAACAACAUUGAUGACCCCAAGGCCUUGACCAACAAAGAUGUGAGAUUUUGUUUAAAUACCAUCCAGCAUGAGUGGUUUCGCAUCUCGAGUCAGAAGUCCGCUGUUCCUGAAAUGGUCGGAGACUACAUAACUGCCUUUGAAGAGAUUUCUCCUGCUGUCCUCAGACACAUAAUCAAUAUGGCAGAUGGCAAUGGAAACACAGCUCUUCAUUACAGCGUCUCACAUUCUAACUUCGAAAUUGUGAAGCUCCUUUUGGAUGCAAAUGUCUGUAACGUCAAUCACCAGAACAAGGCCGGCUAUACCCCGAUCAUGCUGGCUGCGCUUGCAGCUGUGGAGGCGGAGAAGGACAUGAGGAUAGUGGAAGAGCUCUUCAGCUGUGGGGAUGUGAAUGCCAAAGCCAGCCAGGCUGGCCAGACCGCUUUGAUGCUGGCCGUGAGUCACGGGCGGAUAGACAUGGUUAAAGCUUUGCUGGCCUGUGGUGCAGACGUCAAUAUCCAGGACGACGAGGGCUCCACGGCUCUGAUGUGUGCGAGUGAACACGGACACGUAGAAAUAGUCAAACUGCUGCUGGCUCAGCCUGGCUGUAACGGGACCCUGGAGGACAAUGAUGGCAGCACAGCACUUUCUAUAGCCCUGGAAGCUGGACAUAAGGACAUAGCAGUUCUUCUCUACGCCCAUGUCAACUUCUCCAAAACCCCAUCACCGGGCACUCCGAGGCUUAGCAGAAAGACAUCUCCUGGUCCUACCCACAGAACCACGUUUGAGUAGUAAUGCAUGAAUAUCUCUUAAGAUUCUUAAUGCCAUCUUUAAGCUGCUAAUUGUAACUGUUUAACUGAGACAGAUACUGAAUGUAAUUGUCUUGUGCCUGAACUCACCAGCAAAGUGAAAGCAGAGACCUAGUGCUAAAGAUAGAAAACUGUAAACUUGAAGCAAGCCUAUAGUUAAGUAGUAGAUGGCUGUAAGACCCGUAGCCAGAACUGUUCUUUUGCUCACUUACUCAUCUUUCCACACAUUGGCAUAAAUGCUGUUUUUCUUUGCUGUAUAUUGUCCUUUCCCACGUCAUAUACAGUUUAAGAACGUUAAGGCUAUCCGUGGAAGGGUCCCAGUGGCAUAUUUUAAGUCGUUCUAAAAUAUAUUUGUAUUUGCUAAGCCUAGACUUUAUCACAGUAACCUUCUUCAUAAAUUCCAUUCCAACAUGAUUUUGAUGUUUUUAAUUAUUUUGAAAUCCAGAAGUUGCAGUUGCUUAUAUAGUCAGCUCCGCGGAGCUUGAGCUGGUGGGUGGAUGGGUUAGGAAUAGAGAGCAGACCCUCUGCCAGGUCUGAAGUUCACGAAAGCUGUUGCUUAUUGGGGAUAUGUAUAACUUUUUUUUAUUAAAGAUAACAGUAUCUAUAAAAUUAACUCGCACAGUAUUUUCAACAUUUUAUAUUCUUUAAUAAUUAAAAACUACAUGAAGAAUUACAUGUCUCGUUACCAUAUUUUUAUUAACUGUGUCAGUCCAUAAGCUCCAUACAUGUUUAUUGGAGAACAAAAUUAGAGGUACCAGCUAUAUAUUCCCCUUGAGUGGAAUUGAGUGUAGUUCUCGGUGCAUAUUUAUGGAAUGCUAUUACCUUGUCACAUUCACUUUAGUCAUGUGUAUUUAAAUGUUUGAAGUGCCUUAGACUCUUGCCAUAUUUUCAGAAUAAAAUUUCAUUAUGCUGUUUUA